AAACACACAAAAAUGUGUGUUGUUUAAUAUUUAUUAUUAUUUAUUACUGUCUUUUUAAACAAAUAAUAAUGACAAAACAAGCAGAAAAUUUAAGUGAACAACGUAAAAGGCUCCUUGAAGAAAAAACUCUUCUUCAAGAUGCACUUGUGGAAAUUGACAGAGCUUUAAAUUCACUUCAGAUUGAACAGUUUAAUCUUUUGGAGUUACUCAAUAAAUCUAAUGGUAAAUCAUUAUCAGAAAAUGAAAAUAAAAAUAAUGAAUUACUUUCAAAUACAUCUGAUCAAGAUGAAGAACUAGACUUGGAUGUUCCAAGUCAUUCAGUAUUAAACAUUGAAGAAGAAGAUGAAGAUGAUGAUGAAGAUGAAAAUGAAGAAAAUUAAAACAAAUAGGUUUUUAUUAAUAAAAAAUUUGAGUAUAUGACUCAAAAAUUGUUAAUAAUUAAAUUAACUAUUUAAUAACAAAAUCCAAGUCUGUACAAUUGUAAAUAUAUUUUUAUAUAUUUAUUUUUAAAACUUACAACACGAUUUGUGAAUUGUUUAAAUAUAGGUAUAUAUCUAAUAUAAAAU